AUGCAUCCUCCCCCGCUCCUCGGUGUGGGCGUCGUUGACCUUCUCGAGUCUGACCCCCGACCGAGCUUCGUCGUUACCCUUCCGGCUUCGUUCAAGGAUUCCCUUCGCGCCGAGGUCAUUUACAACAACCCGGCCCUUACCAGCAAGCCCGCCCUUCUCGAGGUUCUACAGUCCAUAUCGAGUCUUGACCACACAAGAUUCUGGGACUGGAUCACGGCGCAAGACGCCACCUCUCCGUCGUUUCUUUACAACAACCACUUCUGGACCAGGAAUGUCGUUCUCAACAGAUGGGUAGUUGUGAGCUCCAACGACUUCCCGCCCAUGUCGGAGCCUCCUAGGAAGAUACGCCUCGAUGGAUCGCGAGGAAGAGAAGCGAGCAGCGGAAUUCUGCACCCCCACGCCUCGACUGUCCCGUCCAUGUCUUCAGCAGACUCGUCCGAAGAGGAUUUACCACACCCCCGAAUCGUUAGAGCGACUACUGAGCCACCGUUAGUUUUGCCAGACUUUAUGCCGGAUCAGGAACCGUUCCUCGACAUGAUCGACAGCGUCAACUGGAGCUCAACCCCUCUGGGGCCCAUGGAUAGUUGGCCGUCGAUGCUGCACCAGUCGUAUAGCCAGAUCCUGUGCAACUCUCAACCCACAGCAAUCUACUGGGGACCCAAAUUCACCACCGUUUACAACGAAGCAUACGGAGAAAUGAUAGGAUCGCGACACCCCAACUUGCUCGGCCGCUCCGUGACAGAAGUGUUCCCGGAAAUCGCAAAUCAGCUUAAAGAUAUGAUGGAGAAUCCAGGACAAAGCCGCCGGUCUAGCAGCGAGGAGGAGUUUUGUUUCUUUGUGGAGCAACCCGAAGGUCCGCCACUGGAAACGUACCUGAAAUGGUCACUUGUUCCGGUAAUACACGACAAUCAGUGCCUUGGUUUCAUCCAUUUGAUAUCGGACACCACGAUGUACCACCUUUUCCGCAGACGGAUCCAAAUGUUGGUCGAUAUGGGCGAGGAACUGGGCACCGCCAAAGACGUCAAAUCGUACUGGAGCAAGCUCAUCGAAGAGCUUUCGGAAUGCGACCCAGCUUACGAUAUCCCGCUUGCUAUGCUAUAUUCGAUCGAACGGGCCGGAUCAGACGCUGGUAGCGAAUCACGACACGAUUUCGAACAUAUCUGCCGUCUGGAGGGUGCUCUCGGCAUCCCGAAAAACCACCCUAUCAUGCCCGAAACGCUGCGGUUGAAAGAGACAGACGCAGGCCUGGCGUCUCAGUACCGUGCCGCCCUGCGCAGCCACGGGCCACUAAUCAUCAGGACUUCUGACGGGAGCUUGCCGAAAGAUUUAUUGACAGGUCUACAGUGGCGUGGCUUUGGUGAUCCAUGUGAGGCGGCUAUCGUCUUGCCCAUCCGACCGACCAAGGAGGAGGAAGUAAUGGGUCUGCUUGUCCUAGGCCUCAACCCUCGGCGACCAUAUGACGAUGCUUAUAACUUAUACAUCCAGCUCUUGGCCCAGAAGCUGACGACAUCGCUGGCAUGUACCGUCCUAUUGGAGGAAGAGAGGCGAAGGGGACGAAACGCAGCCGAGCAAGCAGCCUAUGACCAGGCCAUGCUGAAGGAGAAGCUGGCCUACCAGACAAAGGAGGUCAUUGAGUACACAAGGCUGUUCCAGACUGUGUCCGACUUCAUCCCCAACGGUUUCUCCAUCGGUGACCACCAAGGAAACAUCACCUUUGCCAACAACCUUUGGUACCGCAUAACUGGAUAUCCUGAUAACCAGUCUGAGGAUGGAGGUGCUUUCUCUUUUGUCCUGGAGGUUGACCGAGAAAAGAUACGCGAGGCGUACAAAGAACUGCGCAUAAAGGAUGAAGUUGAAUUUGAGUUCCGCGUGCAAGGCACUGAGCACACCAAUGGACUGCUGGCGCGCAGGUCUCCCUUUAAAGCCGAUCUUUACAGCGAACUCGACAACAAGUUGGAGCGGUAUGUUAUGGCCCAAGCAAAGGCAGAACGCGCCAUGGACGGAACCAUCAUUCGGACUUUUACCUGCCUGACAGAUGUGACGGCACACAAGAGGACGGCUGACGAAGCAACCAGGCGGACCCAGCAAGCACAAAACUUGAAGCGGAUGGCGGAGCUUGCGACGGUCGGAAUGUUUGACAUAGAUACCGGAGGACGCCUUUUGGGUGCGAACAAUGCAUUCUUCGAGUUGUGUGGUAUUGAAAAGGUGGAUCUCACGCAGCACGAAGUCCGGCCAUGGCAGACAUCAGUUGCCAAGGAGGACCUUCCUAUCCUGACCGAGUCCUUGAACCGGCUGGUGUCUGAGAAGAAGCCGCAGACAGCUGAGAUUCGAUUGAACACCACCUGGACGGCUGAGGAUGCCGGAGGAAACCUGAUUUCGGCUCCGAGAUGGGUGAAUGCUACUUUCAUGCCUGUCAGCAAUUCCGAUGGUGUAGUGCAGUCGUUCACUGGCUGCAUCAGCGACGUUUCCCUGCAAAAGUGGCAAUUGGAGACGGAGACGCGACGUACCGAAGAGGCCAUCGACUCGAAGCGACAACAGGACAACUUCAUCGACAUGACAUCUCACGAGAUGCGCAAUCCUCUCAGCGCCAUCGUUCACUGCUCCGAUGCCAUCAUUGCCUCCCUCGCGAGAUGCGAAGAACUCGCCAACCGCCCAUCCAGUCCGAUACUGAUCAAGUCGCCACCUGAAGAGGAUAACGGCAAACACUUUGAUAUGAAGCAGCUUCUUUCGGACAGCAUUGAGAACGCCGAGACAAUCGUUGCAUGCGCCCAGCAUCAGAAGCGAAUCGUGGACGAUAUUCUAACCAUGUCGAAGCUGGACUCCAAACUAUUGGCUGUCACGCCUUGCACGGUCAACCCGGUACAGAUCGGGGAAGAGGCUAUCAAGAUGUUUGAUGUGGAAGCACGCCGCGUCGACAUCGAUCUCAACAUGAAGGUUGACAAAUCGUAUCGGGAACUCGGAUUCGAUUACCUCGAUCUAGACCCCUCGCGUGUCAAGCAGGUUCUCAUCAACCUACUCACCAAUGCACUCAAGUUCACCAAGUCGGGGUCGAUCCGAAAUGUUUCGGUUUGCAUGAAAGCCUCCCGGCAACGACCUACCGAUGAGACGUCAGCCGUUACCUUCAUACCACGAUCUUGCCACGAGGAAUCGGAAUACGAACAGCCUGCCUUGGAAGGUCGCAGAGAUCCUAUAUACUUGAUGUUUGAAGUCAAGGAUACGGGCCAAGGCCUUUCUGAAGACGAAAAGGCGAACCUCUUCAACAGGUUUGUGCAAGCGAGCUCGCGAACGCACGUCAAAUACGGCGGGUCGGGGCUGGGACUGUUCAUCUCGAGACGUCUGACCGAAUUGCAAAAGGGCGCCAUUGGUGUGUCAAGCUUACCAGGAGUGGGAUCCACGUUUGCCUUCUUUGUCGAGGCAUACGUACCGUCCGAGGCAUCCCGGAGAGAGGCCGAGUCUGCAGCUGCGGCCGUGAGGGCGACAACGCUAGCCAUCGCUGCCACCACCCCUAUUUCGGCACCGCGCAUUAGAUCGCCCACGAAAGAACAGAGGACACCCGGCUCGCAAGUAAGGCCGAGAUCUCAUGACCCUCGACUCGAUGGCAUUCUGGUCGUGGAGGACAACCUGAUUAACCAGCAAAUCACCCGCCGCGGUCUGCAAGAUAGGGGAUUCACCGUCGACGUGGCCAAUCACGGCAUCGAGGCGUUAGAAAGACUCAUGCAGUCGAUCUCCCUGCAACAAGAGGAGGAGCAAGAGUACUUUAGCUCAAGUCUCUCCAGCGUUCAGGGGCCCCCGGUGCCCAUCAACCUGAUCCUUAUGGACAUAGAAAUGCCGAUCCAGGAUGGGCUGACGUGCACAAGACGAAUCCGCGAACUGGAGCACGAGGGGCGGGUGUUCUGCGCCAGUGGCGGCAGGAUCCCCAUCAUCGCCGUGAGCGCCAACGCGAGGCCAGAGCAGAUGCAGCAGGCCAAGAGCGCGGGAUGCGACGACGUUCUCGUGAAACCCUAUCGGAUGCCCGAGUUGAUUGAGAAGAUGCAGGUGGUUGUACGGCGGAUGGGGGGACUCUCUCCCGGCUCGCCUAUACUCUAA